AUGUACGAGCUCUCCCUCCUCGCAAUCGUCGCAGAAAAGGACGUCCCACGAGCUUGUAAUGUCCUCUCCGGACUCUGCGCCCAAGAACCCUGGGAAAGCAUCCACCAUGUACACUUCUUCCGCGGCCCUGGUCGUCCAAGCGGCAUGUCCAACCCCUCGCCCACCCCCACUCAGCAACAGAAGGACAUCCCCGCGUUAUGGAAGGAGUUGGACCAGGCUCUUAGCCGGCAGUCGUACCAUAUGCAGGUUCGAUACGAGGUGUCCAGGGGAGAUUUCGGGAGCGGGAACACGGUGGAUUUCAACGCCGCGCCUGGGGUCCUGAGGUGGACAGACUUUCCGGAACCGCCUGCGAUAGUGGCGUCGCAGGAGAAAGGAUUGAUUACGCAGAGGAAAAAGAUUGAGAUUUGGGGGCAGAAGAAUCUUUAUAACGUACUGAUGGGGAAGCAAUAUCGCCUCGUGUCCGAUCAAAUCGAACACAGUUACCAGUUCUUCCGCGACGAGGUAGAAUUUUCUCUCCACUCUUACUCAUACACUCAACCCCUACCCCAGCACCCCGCGGCCAUCCAUCCCGCGAAUCCCUUGCCUCCAUGGGACAGUCUCGUCAAUGUCGAUGACACACAUCACUGGAUGCUGCAGGUAAAGCUGCAUGUCAUCCAAGACAACAAACCCGACGAGGUGCGAAAGGCCCAAGAACAGCUCAUCGGCAUCAAGAAGGAGCUCGAGGGUAUUUUCCUAUUCGAAGUCGUUGACCGGGGGUAUUACGACUCGCGUGUUCCGCUGGAGAAUGCUACUGGCGACGGGCUUACGCCAGAGGGCGGAGGUGACAAGAUACCUGGUGAUUCGCUCAAAAAGGACGACGAUGAUGAUGAUGACGAUGAUGUCUCGGAUGAGGAGUUCUUGAGGCGCCUUGACGGUGUGCCCUCGCUUGACGAGGGGGACUGGAGCGCUGCAAGUGUUGCUUUAACGAGCACCGAUGAUACCAGCACAACCGACGACAGCAGCGCUUCCUGA